AUGGUAUUCGCGUAUUUGGCCCUGGGACUGGCCAUCUUGGUUUUGUUCUUCCUGAACCGCUACAAGAGAACGCUGCACUUGCCUCCGGGACCAUGGGGACUUCCGGUCUUGGGGUACUUACCCUGGAUAGACCCGAAAGCCCCCCAUGAAUCGUUAACUGCCCUCUCCAGGAAAUAUGGCCCUAUCUGCGGCCUGAAAAUGGGAUCCGUUUACACCGUUCUCCUGGCCGAACCUCGACUGAUAAGACAGGUGCUCGCAAAAGAUGCCUUCUCGGGGAGGGCCCCACUCUAUCUCACUCAUGGCAUCAUGCAGGGGUACGGUCUGAUAUGCGCCGAGGGCAAACUCUGGAGGGAGCAGCGCAGAUUCGUCACGAGCUGCCUGAAGAACUUUGGAAUGGUCAAGCUGGGACCCAAACGCGACAAGAUGGAGGAGAAAAUCCUGGAGGCUGUCUCAGAAGCCAUCGUGAAACUCAGGGAGAGGUCAGGUGACACCGGUGUGGAUCCCUUCUGCACCCUGCACCACUGCGUCGGGAACCUGAUGAACAAGUUGGUCUUCGGCAAAGUCUACGACGAGGAGGACGGUGUGUGGAGGUGGCUGCAACAUCUUCAAGAAGAGGGCGUCAAGCACAUCGGGGUGUCUGGACCGCUGAACUUCCUGCCGUUCCUCAGGUUCCUCCCAUACUUCGGAAGGACCAUGGAGUCCCUGGUGGAUGGCAAGCUGAAGACCCACGAGAUCUACAAGCGGAUGAUCCAGGAACACCAGAAGAACCCAAUCGAGGAGGACAACUUCCUUGCGGCCUUCGCUCGAGAGAUGCAAGCUAGACACGAAAUCGGGGAUCCUGGAUCCUUCACCGAACCACAGUACCUUCAUCUCCUGGCUGACCUCUUCGGGGCGGGGACGGACACCAGCUUGACGACCAUAAGAUGGAUCCUGCUCUUCGUUGCCGCGUAUCCUCAGGAACAGGAUAAGGUCCAGGAGGAGAUGGACUCGGUCCUUUCUGGGAAGGAUCUAACUCUGGAGGACAGAUCGCAGUUGCCACGUCUGGAGGCCACCAUAGCGGAAGCUCAGCGACUGAGGAGCGUGGUUCCCCUGGGAAUCCCUCAUGGCACCAUAGAGGACACCAAGAUCGACGAGUACGACAUACCAAAAGGCACCAUGGUGGUCCCUUUGCAAUGGGCCAUCCACAUGGACCCCAGAAUCUGGCCCGACCCCGUGGAAUUCAGACCUCAGCGGUUCCUAGCCGAGGAUGGAAGUCUCUCCAAGCCGGAGGCCUUUCUGCCAUUCCAGAGCGGGAAACGUAUGUGCGUGGGUGACGAGCUGGCCAGGAUGUUGCUGUUCCUCUUCGCAGGAAAGAUCCUUCAGAGCUUCAAGGUGCGAUUAGCACCUGGAUCGACUAUCGACCUGGAAGGCGAGGGUGGUAUCACUUUGGUCCCCAAGCCUCAUCGACUGGUCUUCGCCCCACGUCCAUCAGCCUAG